AUGCCAUUAGGAACUAUCGCAAGACUUGUGAAAAAAGACUCAAACAUGGGGCCGGUCAGCGUUGGUUGUCUGAACUCACUUUAUAAAAGCUUAGAAGAUCUGGACAAAAACUGUCUGUGGACAGAGACAAGCAAAGAAAUGCUGUUGCAACCAACAAACUCAUCAGAAAAUUAUUGCAGCUCUCUUAAAUUCAAUAUCGAUGACACCCCACCCACAAAGUACUUCAUAUGCUCCAUGUUACAUGUUUGCGGCUUUUGCUAUUUCACCACUUCUUCAAAUAUACUAUGUCAGUGUGGAAAUCCUAUUUCUCGUUCAGUUUCUUUCAAACAUUUCUGCAAAGGAUUUGUUAAUGAUAUUGCAACUUUUGUCAUUACUGAUGAUCUGAAUAUCUUCCCAAACGACAUGUUCUAUACCAGCUUUGAUCUACUUCAUAAUUCUGGAAUAAAAAGCAUUAGUUCAAUAGAUAAAAUAACUCUCAAUAUCACUAAGGAAAAGGUGCUAGAUUUAUUGAAGUGUUCAUUGUUGUCAAAGUCGCCUCUAACUGAUUUGUUUUUAAAGAAGAAGAUAUCAUAUUCAUCCCCAGAGAAGUCAUUGUUUUCCUGUCCUGGUUUUGAAAGCAAUAGUAAUAUCCAUAUUACUCUGAAUUUAAUUAUAAGAAAAUCAGACGGUAAAGUAUUAUAUGCACAAGUGCAAAAAGAUUUUGUAGACUUGAUAUUGAGUUUUCUUACCUUUCCUUUGGGAGGGGUUGCUCGUAUUCUAAGAGGAAAUUUUUCUUUGGGAUGCAUUGAUGCUUUGUACAAGAGUAUAGUCGAAUUAGACAAGAACAAAUAUCUAGUGUCGAAAGAUGCAAAGGACAGACUUGUUGAUCCUCAUGUGGCUUCGUUGUUCAAAUUAAGCAAGAUACUUCCACUUCAGAUAGAUAGAACAUCAACAUACUAUUUUUGUUAUUAUAGAGGUGAAAGUUUCAAGCAAAGCAUUACUGAUAAUCAGUUUUUCAUAUCAGAUGAAUGUAGAGCCAGUGAGGGAAAGACUAAAGCACUCAAACUAAUUAAACCCAAAUCAGCUACAGGAAGUCAUAGUAGUUAUGUCAAAGGACCCGUAAUGUAUGUGGUUACUGAUGACUUGUUUUUUUCACCUUUGUCUGUAAUUACAGCUUUAUACUUAAUCGACUCUUUGAAAACUCCUUUUAAUGACGUGAAGGAGAAAGUUGUCACAAUUGGAAUCAAUGAGUGUCUGGGAAUAUUGAAGGCAUCACUGACCUCAACAUCUGCUCUAACAAAUGGUCUUCGUCACUUGAUUACAGAUGUUAAAGAAGAGAAAUGA